AAUCAGCUGUUGGAGCGUUCGGAUUUGUGCCCUGAGCCCCGGCGCAGCGGCCGCAGCAGCUCCGGGCGUGCGAUUGCGAGCCCCGCCGUCUCCCGGCCAGUCCCCGGUAUGCGGCGCCGGCUGUGAGCACCGGCGCCCCGGGGACGCCCGGCCGCACAACUACCUCAGCGCACCGGUUGCCGCAGCCGCCCCAGGUUUUUGCACUGCCAUAGGGCGCCCCCUUGAGGUUGCUUCACCCGCUGACCAUGUUCCAGCGCUUCACCAGCCUUUUCUUCAGCCCUCCUUCGCCUCCUGAAGACUCCAACUGUCCCGAGGCCUUCGUCUCAGAGGAGGAUGAAGUGGAUGGCUGGCUCAUCAUUGACCUGCAGGAUAGCUACACAGCUCCCCCAAACCCUGGGGCCUCUCCAGCUCCUGCAGGCCGUCCUCCACCCGCGCCCUCCUUGAUGGACGAGAGCUGGUUUGUUACCCCCCCUGCCUGUUUUACUGCAGAGGGGCCCGGUCUUGGGCCGGCCCGCCUCCAGAGCAACCCCCUGGAGGACCUCCUCAUUGAGCAUCCCAGCAUGUCCGUUUAUGUCACCGGCAGCACCAUAGUGCUAGAGUCUGGGCCACCUUCCCCUCACCCUGACGCUGCCUUGCCUGAUCAGGACCUCAGCGAUGGAGAGUUGGCACCUGCUGCUCGCCGGGAGCCCAGGGCCCUGCACCACGCAGCUGCUGCAAUGCCAGCCCCAGCUGUGUUGCUGGAGAAGGCCGGCCAGGUACGGAGGCUGCAGAGGGCCCGGCAGCGGGUAGAGCGCCACGCCUUGAGUGCUAAAGUGCUACAACGGCAGAAUCGCGCUCGGGAGAGUCGUUCGCGCCGGCCCAAGCACCAGGGCAGCUUCAUUUACCAGCCGUGCCAGCGCCAGUUCAACUACUGAGCGCCCCUGCUACAACUCCAAUCCCACGCAGACUCCCGGUCCCAUCUGCCUCCUCUGCAGCGGCCAGUGUGCUGCUCGAGGGGUGUUCAGGGUCCGCCCGCCUCCAUCUGGAUACCACAACCUCCCUCCUUCCUAAGUGUUUGAGGUGGGAUGAUGGCCCUCUACUCCCCUGAUUUCUCAGUUUCUUCUAACUCACCUGCCAACCUUUCACCGCGGGUCACCCUCUCCACCUAUUUCCGGUUUCUCACCAUCACACUCCCCACUCCUGCUCUCCCAGGCUUCCUUUUCAGACCCCCUGUUCUUGUCUCUCCUUCACUUUGUCUUCCUAGCCCACCGAUUUUUAAGAGCCUCUCCCACCAUGACCUGGCACCAUGAUUCCCCACUUUUAGCCCCUACUUUCCAAGACUUCCCUUUUUUAUUCCUGGCAAUUCCCCCCCAAUCCUGACCAGGUACAUACAACCUGCCAGGCCUGGGCCAUUGUUCUUACCCUGUGGUCAGGUGUCAGGCACAGGAUUUUGAUUUCAGUCAUCCCCACCCGCCCUGGGGGUUGAGCUCCUUGGACUGCUUAGGCCUGGAAAGUUCAAGUAUGUGGAGGAGGACAGUGAGCUGUAAGUUAGAUAGGGUGAAGGGAAUGGAGGGAAACAGGCAGCGUAUUGGGAUGCAGACAGGGACAGAUGGGUUGAGAAACAGUUGGGAGCAGGGCAUCAUGAGAGCUGGCAUUGUGCUUGGUCAGAGGAGUUAAGCCCUGGUCUUAGGCUUGAGCCUGGAGCCUGCCCCCAUUUCCUUUUCCUAUAAUCCUGCCUUCCAGGAUUUUUCCUGAAAUCUGUCCCCCUUCAGGAGGAACUCUCCCCCCUCCCCCAGUGAGUCUAGAGUCCGAAGGGCUUGUACCUUGUCACCUUACCUUGACAUGCCACCCCAGGAGUAGAAGCUGGGUAAGGCCCCCGACAUUCUGGCCAUCUUUGUUCAUAUGCCCAAGGUGCUAGAAUUAGCUUAGAGAUGCAGGCCAGAGGGCUUCCAGGCAGGGAAAAGGGUACAUACCCCAAGGCAAGAAUGCAGAGGGAUGAUGCUAAGGAGGACAAGUUUGGGGUAAAGCCAUCCCUAGACUGAUAGCUCCGCCUUCAUCUUGCCUCUGGCCUUAUAUUUCCAUACUUUGCUUAAUAUGGCUGGCUAAUAAACACUCCUGGGUAGGAGGCCAGGAGCCUCACUGUUCCAAUUCCCAAAAUUUUUCUUAUGGAAGUUCAGGGCCUUCAAGGGGCUUCUUAAUGUUCUCCCACAGGGCUCUUCCUUUCCGAGUGCCCUGUGGUCUCUUUCCCUUUCUAGUUAAAUAUCAGGAGUAAGGAAUUCUUGGGUAGAGCACAGGGAUGGGGUAGCCAGCUUCUCCCUUCUUGUGGUGGGGCUCAGACACCAGCAACAGCCUCUUGGGAUGCCCCAAGUUGUUUCCAGUUCUUUCUAGCUGUCCUUUUUUAAGUGUGUGCUCUUCCUUCCUCAAAACUUUUAGAUUUCCUGUUACAUAUUAACACAGGUCUUCCCUUUCACUCCAACUCCAGGUUUCCAGGCCUCAGAGCCAAGCCGGGGUUGGAGAAAACUGCAUUCCUAUAAGGGUAAAAGUAGCUGCUCUCUCUGAUCCUUUCUCACCAGGCUUCAUGUGGGGAUGGGAGAGGUUGUCCCCAGGAUGGGGACAGAGGAAGCCCUGCUAGGGUCUCCUAGCUCAAGGAUAAGCCAAACACAAACUAUACGUAGAUCAAAACCUCACACCAGCUUAUUAGGGCCCUAGUAGUUGAUAACCACUUCCAAGAGCUGAAACUCCCUCCAGCCUUUCUUAUCUAAUCCUCACUGCCAGAUGGGGGCCUAGGCUCAUUCCUGGGUUAGUGCCCAUGAUCCAGAUGGGGGCCUAGGCUCAGUCCUGGGCAAGUGCCCACGAUCCUGCUGCUGUGGGAAGUUUGAUAGGGCAUUUGGCUCAAAUUUCAAAAGGCCUCACUCCUGACCUGUAUUUCUAGAACCCUCCAAUCUCUCAUCUGACUGGUUGCAAGGCUUAUUUUUCUUUUGUACUUUUCCUGUAGAUUCUGUAGCAUUUGAGUGUGGCAAUAUUUUAAUUGUGUAUAGAUUUCUCAGUCUCCUGCUAGUCUGAUUCCUGAAGCAUCAGCCCCUGUCAUACUGUAUUGACUGUGUAUGUGCCUUUCACCUUGAGCAUGCUUCAGGAUUUUUUUUCUUAAACCACAGAACUUGAAUAUACAAGGGAACCAGAAUUCACAAAGUCCUAUGCAACCCUAGACGGGAGGAGGUUAGAGAGUCUGUCGCGAGUGAUGAUUUCAGAGACCCUGGAGAAAUUUGUACCAGUUUGUAUUUAAUGUCAGUACUACCAGCACUUUGCCAAAACUAAGGAUGUCAGAGGGACCUGUUUCUAGAGAGAGUCUCAGUUACAUCGAAGGGCAGUUUCCAGCUUUCUCCAGUAAGUCUGGGUGGCUCUCUUGAGCUGGUGUCACUUUCUAACCUUUACCAGUCUAGCCCAGUAGGGCACUGUGUGUGUGAGUGCAGUUUGGUGCUGUUUUGGAGUAUGCCUGCUCCCCAGCCUGGAACCCUCUGAUCAACUUGCUGUGACCUAUAAUGUCUUAGGUGCAACAAGGACCCUACCAGAGCUCCUGGGUGGCUUUCAAGAUCCAUGUAGCUUUGUGUGAGGGGACUGAAUGCAGACAAACCACAGCCUGCUCUAAUAACUUCUUACCCUACCACCUAGUUCCAAAAGGAACCAACAAGUUGAGUGCAUCUUUGUUGGGUGUUUGUGUUGAGAUUGGCUGCAAUGAAAAUUCUUUGACUGACCAUGUUGUGACGUGUCGACAGACUCCAGGACACAACCACCUCGACCUGGUCAUGUGGCAUGCCUGUGUAUGUGUGUAACAGGGUUCUGAAUGUUAGAUUGUAAUGCUACUCCUGUAUGGGGGAAAAAUAAUAUAAACAAAUAAAAAUCUAUUUAAAGCACAUUA